UAUCUCCAAUCACUAUUUAUGAUAUAUUAUUCAAUCACGACACAGUGGUGUGCGUAGUCUUCGUUUUUCGUUGUGAGUGAGACCAAUGGAACAACUGAAGCCAAGUCCUGCAAACUCAUCCCCUCUCACCCCACUUGGCUUCUUGGACAGAGCAGCCACCGUUUACGGCGACACUCCUUCCAUCAUCUACAACCACACCACCUACACCUGGUCCCAAACCCGUCGACGAUGCCUCCACCUCGCCUCCGCCCUCUCCUCCCUCGGCAUCCGUCAAGGCCACGUCGUCUCCGUCGUCGCCCCCAACAUCCCCGCCAUGUACGAGCUCCACUUCGCCGUCCCCUUCGCCGGCGCCACCCUCAACAACAUCAACACCCGCCUCGACGCCCGCACCAUCUCCGUCAUCUUCCGCCACGCCGAGUCCAGGCUCAUCUUCGUGGACUGCGCCUCACGCGAUCUCGUCCUCGAAGCCUUAUCCUUGUUCCCUUCCCGGAGUCAACGCCCACUCCUCAUCCUUAUCACGGAUGAUACAGUUGAGGCUGAGGUUGAUGACUUUGAUUUCGCGGACACGUACGAGGGGCUGAUGAAGAAGGGCGAUCGUGAUCCCGAGUUCAAGUGGGUCCAGCCUAACAGCGAGUGGGACCCGAUGUUACUCAACUACACGUCAGGGACGACGUCGUCCCCAAAGGGCGUCGUGCACUGCCACAGGGGAGCCUUCAUCAUCACCGUUGAUACGCUGAUUGAUUGGUCGGUUCCGAAGCAACCAAUUUACCUCUGGACGCUCCCUAUGUUCCACGCUAACGGGUGGAGCUUUCCGUGGGGGAUCGCGGCCGUGGGUGGCACCAACAUCUGUGUCCGCAAAUUCGACGCUGGAAUCGUGUACGAUCUCAUCAAGCGCCACCGCGUCACUCACAUGUGUUGCGCUCCGGUGGUUCUCAACAUGCUAACCAACUCCCCCGACAACAAACCGCUCCGGAGACCUGUCCAUAUCCUCACCGCCGGAGCACCUCCGCCGGCUACGGUUCUGUUCCGGACGGAAUCCCUGGGGUUCGUGGUGAGCCACGGUUACGGGCUGACGGAGACGGGGGGAUUGGUGGUGUCGUGUGCGUGGAAGGAUAAGUGGAACCGGCUGCCUGCGACGGAGAGGGCGAAGCUGAAGGCGCGGCAGGGGGUGAGGACGGUUGGGAUGACGGAGGUGGACGCGGUGGGUGAGUCCGGGGAGAGCGUGAAGAGCGACGGCGCAACACUUGGGGAGGUGGUCAUGAAAGGUGGGUGCCUCAUGCUGGGUUACCUGAAGGACCCUGAGGGAACAGCGAAUUGCUUCAAGAACGGGUGGUUCUACACGGGUGAUGUUGGGGUUAUGCAUGAGGAUGGGUACCUUGAGAUUAAGGACAGGUCCAAGGACGUUAUUAUUAGUGGUGGUGAGAACCUGAGCAGCAUCGAGGUUGAGUCGGUGCUGUAUGGGCAUCCGGCGGUGAACGAGGCGGCGGUGGUGGCGAGAGCCGAUGAGUUCUGGGGUGAGACGCCGUGUGCUUUCGUGAGCUUGAAGGUUGGAUUGAAGGAUAAACCGAGUGAGAAGGACAUCAUGGAGUUUUGCAAGGAGAACAUGCCCCGUUAUAUGGUUCCUAAGACGGUGGUUUUCAAGGAUGAACUUCCCAAGACAUCUACGGGCAAAAUUCAGAAAUUUUUGCUCAGGCAAAUUGCAAAGGACAUGGGACCGCUCUCCCACAGUCACAGUCGUAUGUGAGUGAAACUCAUUCAAACAGUCAACGUCAACUCUCGUCAGUCCAAAAUCCAUAUCGUUAUCUAACUAUGAAAAAUUAGAGAGUCCGAAACCCAUCACACUCAAUGAUAUUAAUUGUUGAAUUUAUUAACUAAUAUAAUAACAUAUCAUUUUAUAUUGUUGACUUGACUGUGUAUCUCCUUCAAUAAAUUCUACUUACAGAAUAAGAACCUAGAUUAUUUACUUUUAUACCAUCCCACUACAAUUAUUUACUUCUCUUAUUUUUCCUCUUCCGA